UUUUCUCUCACUGCGUUCCAUUGGUCCAUCACGUACUCCCGCAACACAGAAUCAAUUCCUCUCUAACGUGCUCAUAUCGCCGCCGCCGUACUCCGCCUCAGCGCCGCCGUAAAAUGGCUCGUCUUGGAGAAGGAGACAAACGAUGGAUCGUGGAAGAUCGACCCGACGGCACCAACGUUCACAAUUGGCACUGGGCUGAAACUGACUGCCUCGAAUGGUCACGAAACUUCCUCACUAACCUUUUAGCCAACAAAACCCUAAUUGACGGCGAAGGUAACCUCAAAAUCCGGACGAAAAAGAUCGAAAAGCUUGAAGGAGAAGCUUAUGUGAAUAUCCGGAAGGGGAAGAUUAUUCCGGGUUACGAAUUGAAUUUGGUUGUCUCUUGGGAAGGGGAAGUGAAGGAAGCUGAUGGUAGUAGUGUGAUGAAAAUUGAAGGAAAUGUUGAAUUUCCUUACAUUGCUGAUGAGAAUGCUGAUGAAGAUCCGGAAGUUAAGGUUAUGGUUAAGGAUGAAGGACCUAUCGGGAAGAGAUUGAAGGAUGCGUUUGUUGUAAAAGGAAAGCCCUUUGUUUUGGAGCAAGUGAAGACGUAUGUUAAUGCUAUGGCGAAUGGUGGUCCUGCAAAGGAAGAAGGUGAGGUGAAGAAAGUAGUUAAGAAACCUGCUGGUGCUGGAAAUGUUGCCCUUCCUCCUCCGAUAGCUGUGGAUGAGAAGGCAAAUGUUGUUGUGGCUAAGAAGGAGAAGAAGAAGGAAGGGUUUAAGACGAUUACGAUGACGGAGAAAUUUAGCUGUAGGGCAAAGGAUUUGUUUGAGAUAUUGAUGGAUGAGAAUAGGUGGAAGGGUUUUACUCAGAGUAAUGCAAGGAUAAGCAAAGAGGUGGGAGGAGAGUUUAGCAUAUUUGAUGGUUCAGUGACUGGAACUAAUGUGGAGUUGCAAGAAGGAAAAUUGAUUGUGCAGAAAUGGCGAUUUGGUAACUGGCCUGAUGGUUUACAUUCCAUGGUCCGAAUUACUUUUGAGGAACCUCAAUCUGGAGUUACAGUAAUCAAUUUGACACAUACAGAUGUACCAGAGGAAGACAGAUAUGGUAACGCAACUGUUGUGGAGAAUACAGAGAGAGGAUGGAGGGACCUUAUCUUCCACAGGAUACGGGCUGUUUUUGGUUUUGGAAUCUAAAUUCUCCUCAAGUGUGGAAUUUUACAAUCGAUGCUUCCCUUCAGUAACUGCAUACUGUAUGAGUCCGUUCAACUGAGUUUUUCCUGAGUCGAUUGUCAGUUUCUUCAAGCUUAAUAACUCAAUUUGAUGGUGAACUUUUAGAAUUUGUCUCCAGUGGAACUUGUCUUCAAUGAAAACUUAUUCAUCUUUGUUGGA